CCACAUAUGUAAUCCAUUAUAAUGAUAUGCAUCCUUCAAUAUCCUAAUUCCUAACUUAGCUAUUUUCAACCACACGCACAGAAAUAAAUAAAGCACAGCUCAUCAUUCAUCAUGGCUGCUCCCAAUAGAACACUCUCCCUUGCCAUGGAGAGAACCAGCCAAUGGGUUUUCUCUCAAGAACUUCCAUCAGAUCUUAUAGUUCAAGUUGGAGAAGCAAGUUUCCCUCUCCACAAGUUUAUGCUAGUGGCAAAGAGCAACUACAUCAGAAAACUGAUAAAGGAAUCAGAAGAGAUUGAAGAAAAUGAACUCACCAGGAUCGACCUUUCGGGCAUUCCGGGAGGUAGUGGAACCUUUGAGAAGGCAGCGAAGUUCUGUUACGGCGUUAAGUUCGAUAUAACGGCUCAAAACGUCGCCGCUUUGCGCUGUGCCGCGGAGUUCCUCCAGAUGACGGAAGGGAACAACCUCGCCGGUAAAACUGAGGACUAUCUCUCUCAUGUUGCGUUCUUCACACUCACCGGCGCCAUCACGGUACUGAGAUCGUGCCGGAAGCUCCUCCCUCUCGCCGACGAACUCAAUAUCGUGAAACGCUGCGUGGAGGCCGUCAGCGCCAAGGCUUGCAGCGAGGCAAAUUUUCCGAGCAGGUCACCGGCGAACUGGUGGACGGAGGAUCUCGCCGUUCUCGACGUAGAUUUCUUCGGAAAAGUCAUCGCCGCCAUGAAGAAUCGCGGCGCCAAACCGAAAACCCUAGCAGCAGCGUUAAUCGCUUACGCAGAGCGAUCUCUCUCCACCGACAGAAUCCGUCUUUUGAAUCCUAGUGAUUCCGAUUCUGAUCACCGAACAAAUCCGCGGAAGCUUCUGGAAUCGGUGGUAGAUCUCUUCCCCUCUGAUAAAACCGCUUUUCCGGCUAGCUUCGUCUGCUGCCUCCUCCGCUGCGCGAUCUCCCUCAGAGCAUCUAACUACUGCAGGAGCGAACUGGAGAAGCGGAUCGCGGCGGUUCUAGAACUCGCAACGGUGGACGACAUCCUCGUUCUGUCGUUCGCCUACGACGGGGACAGGCUCUCAGAUCUCGAGACCGUACGGAAGAUCGUGUCGGCGUUCGUAGAGAACGAAAAGCAUGCAGCGGUUAUCUCUGCCGCCGACGAUACCUGCUCCGUCGCGCUGCGCCGCGUGACCAAAACCGUCGACGCUUACCUCGCCGAGAUCGCUUCGUUCAAUGAUCUCACAAUCUCGAAGUUCAACGCCGUCGCAACUCUAAUUCCCAAAUUUGCACGCGAGAUCGACGACGAUCUCUACCGCGCCGUAGAUAUCUACCUCAAGGCGCACUCGAAGCUUGAUGAGAUAGAGAGGGAGAAGUUGUGUAGUGUGAUGGAUCCGUUGAAGCUAUCAUACGAGGCGCGUGUGCACGCGUCGCAGAACAAGCGUUUACCGGUGCAGAUGGUGCUUCAUGCUCUUUACUACGACCAACUGCGACUGAGGAGUGAGGAAGAAGAGGAACACCGUGCUGCUGCGGCGGCGGCGGCGGUGGAUGUGUCGUUGGUGAAGGAGAAUGAGGAGCUGAGGACGGAGCUGAUGAGGAUGAAGAUGUACGUUACGGAUCUGGAGAAGAACGCUCUGGAAACGACGCCUUCGUCGUCGUCAACGAUGAAGAAGAAGGCCACGUUUUUGUCCUCUGUUUCUAGGAGGCUGGGGAAGAUGAACCCGUUUAGAAAUGGGUCAAAAGAUACGACCCAAUUAGAUGAUGGGCCUGUGGAUUUCAAUCGGCCCAGAAGGAGAAGGUUCUCUGUUUCCUAGAUUGUUGUUUUUCUCUUGUAUUGUAAUAUGUACUUGACCCAAAAGACAAAAAAGAAAACAAAAAAAAAAAACAAAGAAAAAAGAGUACCAUUGUAAAAGUUUGUUGAAAUUGUUGAGGUGAUGCAUCAUGGUAAUUCAUUGGAGUAGUUGCCAUAUGUUUUAUCUAUGUAGGAGAGUGUGGUGGAGUUAUGAAUCGUUCCAAUUUCUGAAUUAGGGUGGUAGUGGUUUUCCUUUUGCUGGUCUAGUUUCCAAAAAUUAGGAUCUUAGGAUAAUAUAAUGAAAUAUUGAAAUUAAUACCAAAUUAAAAGUAUUAGUAAAACCAUGAUUUAAGUGCCCAUUAGGAAUUUUACAACAAUUAUGCUAGGAUUUAAUGGAGUAAUUUUCACAAAUCAAGUACAAUGUUGUGCUACCGUUGAAACAAUUGUCAUUUUGUCAUUGAGCACUAUGAUGCUUAAACUUUCAAUGCAGGUAAGUUAAUAGUAACCCUUUUGGUGGCAAUUGUAUAAUUAAGAGGAGGUAGUCCUAUCAUGGUGCUCUACCUAAUUAUUGCAACCCUCACUAUUAGGGGAGUGAGUUAGUGGAUAUUAUUAUUACUAUUAUGAUCUUAUGGCAAAGUAGUUGUUUUUUACAGACUAGUGCUUGAUUGAUUAUAGCUAUAGAGGAAGGGAAGAAAAGAAUGAUAUGAAAUUGUAGGUUUAUGA